AUGAGAGCAGUGGUCUUCAAAGGCCCUUUCCAAGUCGAUGUCGUCACCAAGCCAGUACCACAGAUUCGCGAACCCACCGAUGCAAUCCUAAAGGUCUCCUCGACAGCUCUCUGUGGCAGCGACCUGCACUACUACCGGGGCCAUCAAAAGUCUACGCCGGGAUUUGUCUGCGGGCACGAGACAGUUGGACACAUCGUUGCGCUGGGCGCAUCAGUCGAGGGCUUCCAGAUCGGCGACCAUGUUGUGGUUCCCUUCUCUACUGCCUGCGGUGACUGCUUCUACUGCAACCAAGGGCAAUCCAGCCGGUGCUCCAAUGGGGUCCUCUUCGGCUGCGUCACGCCGACCUUGACUGUUGACGGAGGACAAGCCGAGUUCAUCCGCGUCCCGCAUGCCGCAUCGUCGUUGAUGAGAGCCCCAGCCUCGAUCCCAGAAGACAUGCUCGUCCUGAUGGCGGACGAUCUGCCCCAAACACAGGAAGACCCUGUGGCUGUGGUACUCGGCUGUGGGCCUGUCGGUAUCUGCGCUAUAGCCUCGGCCAUCUACCUCACGCGCGGUAAAGCCAAGAUAUUUGCCGUGGACUCGGUGCUAGAACGUCUGCGGGAGGCCGAGAAACUAGGCGCUGUGCCCAUCAACCUAUCGGAUGAUCCUGUCCAGAAAGUCAAGGACGCGUCGUCUGGCCGCGGUGCAGAUGUUGUGAUGGAGGCUGUCGGCCAUACAGAUGCUCUCGAGCUCGCUUUUGACUUGAUCCGGCCUUUCGGCAAGAUCUCUAGUGUUGGAGUUCACAACGAACAGAUCAGUUUUCCCGGGUUUGCUUUGUACUCCAAGAACGUCACAAUGGCGUUUGGACGGUGUCCCGUACGUAGUCUGGUUGAAGAAACCACACCGGUGUUGGCAAAGCUGAAGCACCACCUAGCUUUCCUCUGUCAGGACAAGAUCACUCUUGAGCGGGCUCCCGAGGCUUUCGAGUUGUUUGAAACCCAGAAGGCACACAAGUUUCUUUUCAAGAUAUGA